GGAAGGGUUGCCUGGAACGGCAGCAUUUCCUCAUGACAGGCUGGUUCACCAUUUGUUUUCUAAACUUGGAUUAGAUGUGGUCACCGAGGAACGUCUUCAAAGCUAGUCGUGUUAAGCUGCAUCAGAGAUAAUGGCUGUUGAACUACAGAGACAAGGCUCAAGUAGGGUGUAUGACUAUACUGAAGGGAAUGGUUACCCUGGUGACCAGCAGUCACUGAGAUCACGGCAGGUUUCAUCUCGAGUGCCCAAUCAGAAUUACUCUCAGUUCAACUGGACCUCACCGCCUGCAAAGAAGGAUGAGGAGGACAACACUGGUUCGCACCAGGACCUCAGGAGUAGUCCUCUGCACAUGGCCCUGAGAAGAGCUGCAUGGCAGGCGCAGCAAAUGCAGGUUCCCGUGGUUUCCAGCAGGGAGUCCUGGAAACGGAACAAGGCCAAAACUCUGCAUAAACUCAAAGAUGAAAUCCUAGGAUUCGUUUACAUUUUUGCACUGUGGAGAAAGACCUUGCAAAAGAUUGGAGGGAACUUCGGAGGUGGCGUCCAGUCCUUUUUCCUGUUCCUGCGAUUCUUGGUGGUGCUCAAUUUUGUUUCCUUCCUACUGAUUGCUGGAUUGGUCCUCACCCCAAGCAUCGUCUUCAGAUCUGUUGCAACUGGCAUUGUUAACAGCAGCGUUCCAGAGCAAUGCAUGGAGUAUGACCCUAAUCCUCAGGACUUGGUGAUGUUCUAUAAUUACUUCCUCGACUUACUCUCGGGAACGGGAUUUAUGGAGUAUUCAUACAUGUUUUAUGGCUACUACAACAACACAAUGGUGGUCAACGAGAACUUCUCCUACAACAUCCCCCUGGCGUACCUCUUCACUGCUGUCUUCUACUUUAUCUUUUGUUUAAUUUGCAUCAUAGCACGCAUGGGGACUGCAGCUCGAGUUGCUGUGGCAACGGGAGGCAGCGCUGUGGGCAACUACAGCAUGAUAGUGUUCACCAGCUGGGACUACGGUUGCCUGGGAGACCGAGCUACCAAACUGAAGCAGAAAAACAUCCACUACCGGCUACAGGUGGAUCUGGAAGAGGAGAGGAUAAAGAAAAGGGCAGCUGCUUUGACUCUGAAGCAAAAGAUUUUUUUAUACUCUCUACGUGUUGGCAUGGCUCUUUUUGCAUUUGGGCUCAUUAUAGCAGCCUUUUAUGGUAUCUUUUUGGCCACCAUCUUCAGCCAGGCAAACAGUAACCAGGAAGGGAUCCUGGGUUUGAUUUUUCAAUAUCUACCUUCCAUGGUCAUCACUGCCGGAAACUUUGUGGUGCCACUGCUGUGUGACCAGAUCGCCUUGAUAGAGCAAUAUUCUCCCAGCACUACUGUCAUAAUUGCACUCUUAAGGGCAGUGUUCCUACGUCUGGUGAGUCUGGGCGUUCUCCUCUUCACCCUGUGGAGUCAGAUCACCUGCAACGGGAACACAAGUAGUACUUAUUGCACACCAUGCGAAUACAACCACAAAGAAUACCCGUGCUGGGAAACUCGAAUAGGACAGGAGAUGUACAAACUGACGCUGUUUGACCUUCUCAUCAACAUCGCUGUGCUCGUCCUGGUGGAGUUUCCACGCAGGAUGGUGGUGGACAACUGGAGCUGUAAGCUGACUCAGUGGGUGGGUCGGCAGGAGUUUGUAGUUUCCUCCAAUGUGCUCGGGCUGGUUUAUGGUCAAACUGUGGUUUGGACGGGAGCUCUUUUUUGCCCUCUGCUGCCACUCAUCAACACUGUCAAGUUUGUCAUCCUCUUCUACUGCAAGAAGAUCACGCUCUUCUAUAAUUGUCGGCCAGCACUGAAGACGUUUCGUUCUACCACCUCUGCCUUCUUUUUCCUGGUGGUGCUCAUGUUUGGCUGGGGCCUGGCCACAGUUGUCAUGGUUUACGCUCUUGCUGUAAUCCGUCCUUCUAUGGGCUGCGGCCCUUUCCGUUUCUUCCCCAACAUGUGGGAGAUUGUUCCAACCUCUUUCUACAACCUUUCUGCAACCACACAGGACUUCCUCUUCUUCAUCGGUUCCCAAGCAUUCUCCAUCCCUCUGUGUGUGUUAUUCUGCGUGCUGAUGUGUUAUUUCGUAGCUUUAGCAUCAGUCUAUGGAAAUAGUGUGUCCCUUCUAAGAGCUCAGCUUAAACUGGAAGGCCGUGACAAGCAGUUCUUGGUCAAGCAGUUUGAGGAGGUGAGACGACAUCUUCGAAUACCAGAAGACAUUGCAGAUAACUGACCAUAACAUAAGGACCAUUUAAAAAAAAUUAUAUAACACAAAAACAACAUGAUGAGGCCUCUGCAGUGUCAUAUAAUGCUGGCUGGUGUUUAGAAGACAAUCCUGCAACAAGAUUAAUGUAUUAACAAUUAAAGAACAUUUA